GAUGCAAAGAUCCAUUUUUCUCCUAAGGCUUGGUGAGCACUUAGCUUUGAACUUUGAAAUAUCAAAUAACCAUUUGAUUUAGAGAAAGUAUGCUCCUGGCUUGCCACCCGAAGAAGGGAAUUCUAUUGAACCUCCGAGACUGAUUUGUUUUCCGGUAGUACUAAUAUGAGUGGGUGCUUUGCCCACUAUCUAUAAAAAAAACUUGCCCAUUGGCUACAUUCCGAACACUAAUCUUUUACAGCUGCCCGGGAUUUGGCCUUGCUCUUCGCCUUACCGAGUUGAUAACAUCUACACCGGAAACAAGAACUCUACCAACGCUUAUUGCCAAUAGUUCCUACGUUCACAGCUCAGAUUUUUCCAACAGAUAGGCCACCGGGAUGACAGCCCUAGCCCUGAGAACUCUUAUGAUGAGGAAAUACACCGGUUAGAAGACCAAGAGCAGAUAGGGUAAGAGCUGCUACGAAAGCGGUUACCUUUCUAACUUUCCUUCUUACAGGGCACGUCCUACCACAGGGUGCAGCAGUGUGGAAAGAAGGCGAGCUGUUGCUGAUGUGAUAAAAUGCUAGGGAAGAUAGAUUGACUAUGCCCCUUAGCGAACUGACUUCCUCCUUUGGUACGCGCAUCGUUUCUUCAGUUGGUGGGGCUAGGUUAAUAGCUGGCAUUUAAUAAACAGAGCGAUAGACCCGGGCGGGAAAGGCUAAGCUUUGGUGCCAUCGUUUGUCUAGUAUACUUAGUGUGCCUAGUGUGAAAGGAAAUAUGGCUUCGGGCAAUGUCACUUCAAAAGAAAAUCCUAUUCUAUUGGCUAUUGAGAACUGGGAUAUAUUGAUUCUGGUUCUCCAGAAUUGCUUCUUUCUGUGCCUGCACCGAUGAUGGACUAUAAAAAAAAUUAUACUGACCAUGGCAUAAAACAAAGAAGAAUGUCCGGCGAUAGCAUAGGUGCUCUUGCUCCCGCGUAGAUUGAGUCCGUUCGAGUUUCAGCUUGGCUAGGGCGCUGGAAAAGAAGUCAUUAAAGCGAGCUCUUUAAAGUGUCAAGGUCCUUAUCCGAACCACUAUGUACGGAAACAAGGAAGCCAUCCCCGUAUCUACUAAAGAAAGAUGGAUUUGUUUUGCACCUGAUAGCGGGAUGCCUUUCAGUCCAAAUUUCCUACUUAGGAAGAGCCCUUCUCAAAGACACGCGAGCCAGCCGGAGCACAUGCUACUUUUUCGAAAUCGCGAACACCUUACCUUUCUUCUUAGUCUGAUCCGGACACUCAAGACCUCGGUUCUUGGCUUUGAUCCAAUUCCGAAGCUCGUUUGCUCACUAGCCGAUGUCAUUUUCAAUUGACAACGUUAGAAAAGUUAGAAAAGUAUGGAGAUUUCUUGUAGCAAGAAGUUUCUUUACCUUCCCCCUUUUGGGGGUAGUGGUAUAUACGAACCAGAUUUCUUUUAGGAAUGAUCUUUCCCUGUAACUAGAAAUAUCGUAAGAGAAGAAAAAGAAUGUUACGCCCAAUUCUUCCCAUCCUUUCCGUUGGUCAACAACCAAAAAAAGAAAAGUCCACUUUCGUUUUUCACUAGUCCUACAGGCAGGAAGGAAGGACUCCCUUUCUCUUUCUUUCUGGAGGGAAUCAUUUUCUAUAUUCGAAUAGAAUCCAAAAAAUGCCUCAAUUGGAUAAAUUGACUUAUUUUUCACAAUUCUUCUGGUUAUGCCUUUUCUUCUUUCUUUUCUAUAUUGCCAUAUGCAAUGAUGGAGAUGGAGUACUUGGGAUCAGCAGAAUUCUAAAACUACGGAACCAACUGCUUUCACACCGGGAGACCAACAUCCUACGCAACGACCCCAAGAGUUUGGAAGAUAUCUUGAGAAAAGGUUUUAGCACCGGUGUAUCCUAUAUGUACUCCAGUUUAUUCGAAGUAUCCCAAUGGUGUAAGGCCGUCGACUUAUUGGGAAAAAGGAAGAAGAUCACUUUGAUCUCUUGUUUCGGAGAACUAAGUGGCUCACGAGGAAUGGAAAGAAAUAUAUUCUAUUUGAUUUCGAAGUCCUCAUAUAGCACUUCUUCCAAUCCUGGAUGGAGAAUCACUUUACGGAAUGACAUAAUGCUAAUGCAUGUUCUACACGGCCAAGGAAGCAUCGGUUUUGAAUCUCAUUAUGACUUGCCUCAACCAGAGAGAUCAACCUGCGCCUUUGAUUUUACGCAGAACGAACUAAUCCGCGACCAGCAAAGGCAUGAUUAUCAUUUGGUAGAUCCAAGUCCAUGGCCUAUUUCGGGUUCACUCGGAGCUUUGGCAACAACCGUAGGAGGUGUGAUGUACAUGCACUCAUUUCAAGGGGGUGCAACACUUCUCAGUUUGGGCCUCAUAUUUCUCCUAUAUACCAUGUUCGUAUGGUGGCGCGAUGUUCUACGUGAAUCCACGCUGGAAGGACAUCAUACCAAAGUCGUACAAUUAGGACUUCGAUAUGGUUUUCUUCUUUUUAUCGUAUCGGAGGUUAUGUUCUUUUUUGCUUUUUGGGCUUCUUCUCAUUCUUCUUUGGCACCUACGGUAGAGAUCGGAGGUAUUUGGCCCCCAAAAGGGAUUGGGGUUUUAGAUCCUUGGGAAAUCCCUUUUCUUAAUACCCUUAUUCCCCCUUCAUCCGGAGCUGCCGUAACUUGGGCUCAUCAUGCUAUACUCGCGGGGAAGGAAAAAGGAGCUGUUUACGCUUUAGUAGCUACCGUUUUACUGGCUCUAGUAUUCACUGGCUUUCAAGGAAUGGAAUAUUAUCAAGCACCCUCCACUAUUUCGGAUAGUAUUUAUGGUUCUACCUUUUUCUUAGCAACUGGCUUUCAUGGUUUUCAUGUGAUUCUAGGUACUCUUUUCUUGAUCAUAUGUGGUAUUCGCCAAUAUCUUGGUCAUCUGACCAAGGAGCAUCACGUUGGCUUUGAAGCAGCUGCAUGGUACUGGCAUUUUGUAGACGUGGUUCGGUUAUUCCCAUUUGUCUCUAUCUAUUGGUGGGGAGGUAUAUGAAGGAACGAAUCAGUGGAUUGAGGAAUGAAAGCUCGAAGACAAAGAGAACCGGGCUUUUCCAAAGAAUUACUGCAGCUUUCCCACUCCCUUUGAUUAUCAUAUACAAAAAAGUAUCUUCUACUUUCCUACCAAAUCUCUCUCUAUUCUGGCA